CAUUCUUUUAUAUAUAUAUUGUAUCGCAUUACAUUGCAUUGUACUGUGUUUUCUUUAAUUGCCUUUCUUAUUAAUAUAUAUACAUAAAAAGAAAGAAAGAAAGAAAUAAGAAGAAAGGACAAAAAAAACCUACUCAUUGUUAGAAACCUUUUCAUAACCGUAUAAUCCUUCGAUUGUUUAAUGAGUCACCCUCCGGCUCACAUUGCUCCUUUGCCCAGUGCAAUAUUGAAUUCCCUCCAGUCUUCUACAAGCAAUGCAAAUAAUUCAUUUGCUGCCAACUUAACUCCAUCUGAAACGAAAUCAAUGGAGACCCUAUUAGAAUCACAGGCUUUACCGUCUUCUACAACUCAAGUUAUCAGCAAUCCGCACCAGACUCAACGAGCCAAGAUGCAGAACGUACCAGCGUUCUUAAAUAAGCUAUACAAUAUGGUUGAAGACCCAGGCUCAGACGACUUGAUAAGAUGGGCCACUGAUGGAACGUCUUUUAUUGUUGCUCGGCACGUAGAUUUUGCUAAGCGAGUCUUACCUCGAUUCUUCAAGCAUAGCAACUUUUCAUCAUUUGUCAGACAGCUCAAUAUGUAUGGAUUUCACAAGGUGCCUCAUCUCCAGCAAGGCGUCCUGCAGGCAGACGACGAGUCGGAGCAAUGGGAAUUUAGUAAUCCACACUUUCAACGCAACCAACCAGACUUAUUGCUUCUUGUAACCCGAAAGAAAGGACGUGAUUCAGACGAAAAGGAACAUGGAAAC